UUUCUGAAGUAUCAAGCUAUUUCAGUGGAGCAGGACGAUGUAGAAAUAUUAGUAACAAACAUCAUUAAUCCAGCCUCAUUUCUUAGUGGAGUUGCAGGGGAACCUGUAUCCCAUGAUUGUUUAGAGACUAUUGAAGCUGUAUAUUCUAGCCAUUUGGACUUGAAAGAGGAACCAUUAAAGGAUGCAGAAGACACCUGGUACACGGACAGAAGCAGUUUUGUUCGACAAGGAACUCAUAAGGCAGGAUAUGCAGUAACAACUGUUGAAAAGGUAAUAGAGGCCAAAGUCCUACCUCCAAAUACUUUGGCACAAAAGGCUGAAAUAAUAGCUUUGACAAGGGCUUUAGAAUUGGCAAUAUGGAAGGAGAGGGGCCUAUUGUCCACCCAAGGGAAAAGCAUCAAACAUGCCCAGGAAAUACUAAGACUUCUGGAGGCAGUACAGCAACCAGAGAAAGUGGCUAUUAUGCAUUGCCAUUCCCAUCAAAGAGGAAACAACGCUGAAGAGAUGGGAAAUGCCUUAGCUGAUCGAGAAGCGAAACAAGUGGCUGAGAAUGUGGUGACAGAGGGGUCCUUGAAUCCAGAUGGUAAAAUUCAAGUGGACGGUGAGCCAAAAUAUUCAAAAGGGGCCUGGAAUUUGAUAAAUGGCCUAGGGGGAUGGAUAAGAGAAGAAGGAUGGGCUUUUAUGCCACGAGGGAAAUUAAUUAUCCCAUCAGCCAUAUUAUGGGCUGUAGUAAUGGCAGAACAUAGGAAAGCCCAUUGGGGUACAGAAGCCUUGUGUAAGAGUUUAAUGCAGCAAAUAGUAGCCAGAAAAUUAAUUUACCACAAUAAAACAGGUGACCCAGCAAUGUGAGGUUUGUUUGGAA